AGAAGGCGGAUUCUUUGUAGUCAGUCGAGCUAACUGGGUAAUAGGCGAAGAUGCGCAGUAUAAUUUGUGUACGUUGGAAGAUUCUAAAAUAUUCCGAGAAAAAAUAAAAAUUAGACCAAUGUUAUGCAAAUUCCGAAAAGGGUAA